UGAAUGUGGUUUCCGGUUUUGCGAGACUGACAGCGUAGAUCUAGUGUUUGUGUUCGAUCUGUCUAGUACAGGAUUUUCGGAAAACAGAGACAAUGACUAUCUACAAGACUCUACAAUCAGACAAGAAGGAUGAAAAGUCUCCCGAGGAGGCUGCCGUUGUCAUGGAACCCCUGACAGGGGAAAGGGAAGAUGUCGUGACUCCCAAAGUUGUUCGAGUGACAUAUGGACCACAUCAGACAAGGACCUACGUCAACUUGUGCUUGAUAAUUGCAGCCCUGAUUGUGUUAGGAGCUGGCAUCAUUGGUGCCAUAUUUCUUUACAGGCACCUGUCUCACAGAGUAAUCACAGCCAGGUGUGGAGUCACCUACUACGAUGAGAUCUAUCACCAGCAAGCUGACUUCCUUAGAGGUCGGGACCCUGUUUCAAUUGACCUCACACGAGAGGAUUAUGACGUGGGUUUCAAGUUUGAUUUCUUUGAGGAGAAUGUGGAAGUAUCGGAGGCUGACAGCUAUGAAAGACUGCAGGUGCCCAAGUUCGACGAGUGCGAUGAGACCGACGUAUGGCAUGAUUUCCAACAGAAUUACACUGCGAUUGUGGACCACGUGCGUGCAAGCUGCUAUGUGAUGAAACUGAAUCGCUCGUUGAUUGCCCCGCCAAGAGACGUUAUUGACCUCAUCAACAAACUCGGGCGAGAAGGCUAUUACCUACCACGUGCUGACGUUGUGCGUGAGAAAUAUACUGUGGUGACACCCCCCAUGGGAGAUCUCAAAGUCCUUGGGCCCUACAUUAUGAGGGAGUGCUUCUGGUACAACACGUUCAGGCUAGAGAAGAUUGUGGAUGGAGUGGUGAAGCGAAGUACCCGUCGACGCACAGUACCACGGGAGGAGGUUCAUCACGGCUUCAGCGCCGUCCCGAACAAGCUCCUCCUGAAGGUGUCCAUCAGACUGUAGUGGCGAUGCUGACUGGGUAGACGAGUGUGAUUUGAGAAAGGGUGAUGUAGUCUAGAGAAGGAUCCACGGCCAUCUUACAUCAUGUUUGCCAUUGUUGCAUCUUAGAAGCAAACAACUUGAAACAAGCAGCUUCGCUGUGCUUAUUUUAAAGGAGAAAGGAAACAGCACACGGGCAGGCACGUUCCUUAGGGUCAUUGAGUUGCUCACUGGCGGAUCCAGGGGUGGGGUGCAGGCGGGGCGCACCCCUUCUUUUUUUCUGACACUUUCCAUGUUGACUGCCCUGGGCCAAGUUAGUUUGUGACUUGGGUAUGACGUGCACCCCUCUUUAUUGAAAGUUCUGGAUUCGCCUCUAAGUUGCUGAUGCCUUAAUACUUACUGUGCAAAGAUGGAUUUUUUUGUCAUAUUAAUUGAUCAUUUGACAUGUUUGAACUGUGGAUCUUGUGAGAAGUGCUACCUGUCUAAUUAUGUAUAUAUUGUUAUUGUUAUUAUGCACUCGUAAGGGAUAUAUUAUGGCGCUAGCACAUCUCCUAUACUUUAAAGUUAUAAUUCCAUCAAUGUUCCAGUUUAAUGGUAAAUGACCAGCUUAAGCAGCUGAUUUUCUUGAUUGCCUGUAUUUGAUGGUAUAUUAUUUCAUAAAGAUGUUUUUUAAGAAAGUACAACUAACAGCUCACAUUCAUCCUAGGAUGUGGAGAACCGAUUGGUAGUCAUUGUGAAGUACCACAACUGGUAAACACAGAUGUGUCAAACUGAGGACGGAUUUGGGCAGAUCCCAAUAAUUUUAGCAGGUAGUUUGCUUUUGCAGACAGCAUUUGUGCACAGUUUCUACCAUGUUCAUACCAGUGCACCUCUCACCCCUGCCUACAUUUGGACUGUGCCACUGACCCCUGAUUGGGGUCACACAUAGGUCUCGUCAUCUCGUGUUUACCAGUACAUGGGAAUAUCAGAGGGUUAAGCAACCCUGUAGAUUGUGUCAGUGUUCUGUGUGUCAUGCGUAACAUUGCACAGUACGCCGAUAGUGUUUUAUACCGCUCAUCUCAGUGUUCACGUAGUGUUCACACAACGAAAGAUAGGCCAUAAUCCCUAGCUGGUUCUAUACAGCCUGCUACUUGUUUGAUGACUAUUGUGAUGUGUAAUAAUUUUUGGCUGUCAUUCUUAUUCUGAUGUAUGUGGUUUUGUUUUCAACAGCUUCAAUCUCCUCAAUUAGGGGAAGUCUGAGACUUUAGCAACUAGCCUGUAGCCUGAGUAUGGUAAGAUGUCUUUUGGCCAGGUCAUUUUUGCUGACAAGAGUCUGUACAUAACACUACGAUAUCCUGAAGUGUUAAAGGACAAGUUUGAUCCAGUAGACUCAAAGAUUAUUGGCACUGAAUGUGGUAGUUGCCAAAUUGUCAGUCUCAUUAAAUGAGAUCUUUCACUCUUGAUACGAUCCCACCAUACGUGUCAAGUGCUCCGGUCGAAUCAGGUGGACUUUCUAAUCAGACAGACAUCAUCUGGUGUUUGAUUUCUGUCUCAGAAUCAUGAACAGGCAAGAAAAUAAUAAAAUGAGAAUAAAAGGCAACACUAUUGUAUUGUUGUGAAUAUUUAAUACACAGCGAUGGAAAAUAUUGUAGUCCACUAGUCCUUAUUAUGAUAACAGACAGCAAUCCAUUAAAGAGGGCAGUUUCUACUAGUCCUUAUGAUACUGGGGCGGUCGGGUAGCCUAGUGGUUAAAGCGUUCGCUCGUCAUGCCGAAAACCCGGGUUCGAAUCCCGACAUGGGUACAAUGUGUGAAGCCCAUUUCUAAUGUCCCCCGCCAUGAUAUUGCUGGACUGUUGCUAAAAACGGCGUAAAACCAUACUCACUCACUCACUCCUUAUGAUACCUUAACUAUUUGGCAUUUGGCAAGCACUACAGGACUAGUGCCAAAUUCUAAGGAUGGCUUGUUUCUGAGUCUGUGGCAUCUAGGUGUACUGUUGAGGUGUGCUCUCGAGGAAAUAUUUGUGCCAAGAGAUCAAAAUCUCUGAAUUGUGGUGUAAACAAAUGAAACCAAAUUGUUUCCGAAAGCAGAUACAAUGUUUCUGAUUGGCUCGCUAACCCACACAUCCAUCAUUUUGAUUGGAGGCCCACGUUUGUUUUGCCAUUGGAGAAUAAUGUGUCAGAGUGAAAGAUUUCAUUUAAUGACAUUUCCAAAUGUCUGCAACUGAAUUCUAAUUCAACUGAAUGUCAAGAGACAAGUUAGUUAUUAUUAGGUGUUGAUUUCAGUGUGCAUUUUUUUACAGUUAAGUUGCCUCAGCAUUGGAUGACAAGAUUAUUUAAUAUAACAUGAAUGUAAUUUUAACACUGAUUUGGCUGCAGCAAAAUUAGAGGGAUAGUUUUAAAGAUGAAUGUUGGUAGCAAAAUAUUGGUCGUUUGAACAUGUUGAAAAAGAUUUCUUUAUCUUUUAUUCCUAUUUUACAAGUCACGAAGGUGACAUUGAUUUUUUUCAAAUUGCUUCUGGUUUUUGCAUUUUUACAUAUUCUUUUAUGUUUUUUGUGUUGUAAUAUCUGCAUAUUAAUUUGCCUGAUGAUUAUUGUGAUCAUCUAAAGUUCAUUGAGAAGUAUUUUCCGUAAUAUAUAACCCCAGUAUAUUUGCCAUGUUCAAGGAAUUAUGGAAAUGUAAGAUGUGUACAAUGGAAUAUUUACACCAGCCAUUUUAGCUUUUUGGAGAUCUGAACUUUUAUGGAACAACAUACUUUAAGUGAGUUAAAACGUGAUUAACAAUGAACAUGGACGGUCUGAACCAGGAUGGGAGCUUUUCAUUUAUAAACAGACAAGUACAAUGUAUAUAUAUUCAUUUUGUGAUGAUUUUCUUUAUUGUGCUGUCUGUGCUAGAGUGGUCUCCCUUGAACUGUAUUACAUUCACUGAUGCACGUGAUCUUACAUAAUGUGAUUUCUUAAUCAUUAUUAACUUUUAUGUUAUUAUGAUGCUUAUUUUGCUUGCUAACUUGUGAUGCUAGUUGUUCAUCAAGCUAAAAAACUUAGCUUUGUCAUGUAACUUUUUAAAUAAUUCAUACAGCAAUGCAUAGAAACAAGAAGCAUUCCAUAGUGCAAUUUUAUAUUUUAUGACCUUUACACAGAAUACAGCAUCAUAGGAGUUCAUGUAUGAUUAAAAACAAGUGGUUGUUGAGUAAUGCGAUCAUUUUACGUUGACUGCCCUUGAGGAAUGGUCCACAGUAGUGGCUGGACAUGGGGCAGGCAUUUGCUCAUUGACGUGUUAGGAUAUGGUAAGGUUCUGCUGACAGAGCCUUAGUGUCUGUGAUAUUCUGAAAUUCUGAAACUGAUUGCUAUGGCUUUUUUUCUGUAUUAUACCUAUGCUUCUUGUCAGCAUUUAGUGCCAAAUAUAGCUAGAAACAGUACUGGCAUUUGUUGACUCGGAAAAAUCCGAUUCUUUUUUUUUUUAAAUAAUUUCUGAGAACAUUUUUUUAUGUUGAAGGAAUGUAUAUACCGGGUAGUACUGUUUGGCAACUGUGUUUAUUUGAUAAUUUACAUUUUAAGCAUAAGUGGUUAUUAUAGCAAAUAAUGCUUUUUUGGAAGGAGAAAAAGAUGUGUUUUACUCAAAAGGUGUUUUUAACUAUCAGUAAUAUUCUUUAUCAUGUUUUCUAAACUGAAAGUUUUGGGAAUCUUGAUGUAUAAAUGGUUUAGCUGCCAGGACUUAUGAAAUUUGGUUUAAAUGUUUAUUAACAGAUUUUGAAAAAGUGAAAUAUUUGGUCAGUAGGUUGAAAAAAUAUUUUAUUUAUAAAACGCAUGGUACAUGUGUUGUUUUUUGUCUUAAAGUUUGAGUUGGAUUGGUAGGUGAUGAAACAAUUGUGGCCUGGUUUUGGGUCCUUCUAAAAAUUACGAUUCUAAAAUCCAACUUAUGACAAUUUAUCGUUUAAAUUUUUUGUUUCAGUCCUUUAAAAAUCCCUUGUUAUUUAUAUUGUCAAAGCGAUCUUUACACCUUAUUCUGAUUUUUUUAUCCUUUUUUUUAUGAAUUUUCAAUUCUGAAGGUCGACUGAUUCUUAAAUGAAGCAAAAAAUGGGAGGCCAAAUGGACUGUUCCUAGCUGAUGUACCCUCCAAUCACAACUGCAGUGCAAGUGCAAACCUCUCUGGUCACAGGUUUGAAUGUUUAUGAAUUAUUUUGUUGUGUGCAAAUUCAACUGCGUUGCAUUACAGCAGUCUGAUUGCGCCAUGGUUUAGGAUGGUUAAUCAUAGUUCUCAGGCAGCCACUUUCGAAAAAUUGAUGUGGAUGGGCAGCUUUUCAUUGUCAGUGUAAAAAAUGGUGAUCCUGGAGGUUGGAAUUUUGUAUUUUGAAAUAGAAUGCUGUCUUUGGGUGCCUGAGAACAAAGAAUGGUUUCCUUUGUAACCUUUCGAUCUUCAACAUGAUUUAGUUGGUUCUUCACAGGACGAAUAACAUGACAGGAUAGCUAGCUUUCAUGAUUGAUAGAUAAUUUUGCCAAUUUGAAACCAAAGUUCUGAAGGCAUAGUAGUAGAGGAAAUGAUGAACUGUUUGAUCAGACAGAGGUGCAAUCGUUUUGAAUGAAAUGGUCAAUGUUGAGGUAACAAGUUUAGACCUCUGUGAUGUAUGGAUACAUUGUUAGUGUGGGACAAAGUUUGAUUCUGCCAUGGCGUGAGGGAGGACUGCACGAAGUGGCUGCACAUCAACACUCAUUGCUGAUCACAAGCCUAGCUUUGACCACAUGUUAUGCUCAUAUGUGUGUCUCCAUUUUGUCAUUUUGAAGUUGUAUAAUAAAGUCUAUGAGAUAA